CGACAGGGUUGCUCUCGAUUCUCGCAAACCAAACGAAAUAGUUCCAAAGAUUCAGAAGACGAUCCGACAGCUCUAAGGUUUCGUGGACGAGAAACGACACACCACUCAGCAAUGGCGGAAAAGGAAGCCGGGUUCAAGCGACACCUCGAAAAUGCGGGUGCUACGCUCUACAUCCCUCCCGCCAAGCGCCGGCAGAUGCUCCGGGAGAAGGAAGAGGCGGAGCAAAAGAAACUAGAAGCGGAGCAGCAAACAAAAGCCGGCACGGACGGAGAAGGAAAAGGGGGCGAGCCGGGAGACGAUGCGGGCGCCUCCUCUCCUGCGAAGGACGCCGCCGUGGUGGUCCCCGUGGGGAAUGCGGAGACCAACGUCGGGGAGCAACGGGAAUCGUGGCAGGAGCAGCGGAAGGUCAUCAACGGGACGAUCAACCGACUGAACGCCGGAACGAUCAAGCCCCUGAUCCAGGACCUCUUUCAAAAGGUCAAUUUGGUGCGGUUGCGCGGGCACCUCUGCAAGUCCGUCCUGUCGGCUGCCGUAUCGAGUCCGAAAUAUUCCGAUGUCUACGCCGCCAUCAUCGCCGUUGUGAACUCCAAGCUCCCCGAGGUGGGCGAGCUCAUGGUCAAGCGCACGAUACUGGCCUUCCGGCGGUACUACAAACAACGCGACAAGGCUUCCUGUCAGGCGGUUUGCGUCUUUAUCGUUCAUUUAUUUCACCAGGGGGUGGUCCACGAACUCAUCGUCCUGCAGAUGCUGAGUGUCUUGCUGGACGGGGCGAGGCCCACGGACGAUUCGGUGGAGGUGGCCGUCCACGUCUUGCAAAUUGCGGGGCAGGCCCUGCUCGAGGUCAGUUCUCCCGGGGUCCGGGCCUGCACGGAACGUCUGCGAUCCCUGCUGCACGAGGGCCACCUGAACCACCGGGUGGAAUACCGCGUCGAGGAACUCCUCAAGGCGCGAAAGAACGGCUUCAAGGACUUUCCGUCUCUCGCAGAAGAACUGGAUCUGGUGGAACAGGACGACCAGAUCACCUUCGACACGUCUCUGGACGACGAAGACAUCCAGAAGGAAGAAGAACUCGAUCGGUUUUCCUUCGAUCCCGAGUACGAGGAACACGAGGCGGAAUGGAAGGCCAUUCGUGCGGAAAUCCUGGGAGAGGGGGACAGCAGCGACGACAGUGACAGCGAUGACGGCGACGACACCACCGACGACUCGUCCGAGGACGACAGCGACGAAGAGGCAUCCGCCUCGGGAGAGAAUGCGUUGGCGGUGGUUCCGGGCGGUGGUGGCGAUGCGGCCGCCAAGCAGGUCGCGGUGGUGGAAGACCUGACCGAGGCGGACCUCGUCAACCUGCGGCGAACCAUAUACCUGACGAUCAUGUCGAGUGCGACCUUUGAGGAGUGUGCCCACAAGCUGGCUCGGAUCGACGUCCCUCCGGGCCGGGAAUCGGAGCUCAUCAAUAUGUUGAUCGAGUGUUGUUCCCAGGAACGCACGUUUUUGCGGUACUACGGGCUGAUCGCCUCCCGUUUUUGCCUGCUGGACGAGCGGUGGAAGACCGCGUUCAUGGAAAGCUUUGCAGAGCAAUACAAUACGAUCCACCGGCUGGAGACGAACAAGCUGCGAAACGUUGCAAAGCUGUUCUCGCACCUCUUGCACACGGAUUCCAUGCCCUGGAGCGUGAUGAGUGUCAUCCACCUGAACGAAGACGAGACGACCUCGUCGUCCCGAAUUUUUAUCAAGAUUGUCAUACAAGAAAUGGCAGAGGCCAUGGGGAUUGCCAAGCUGAAGCAGCGUUUCGAAACACAGGACGAAGAGCAGAAGCUGUGGUUCGCUGGGAUGUUCCCCAAGGACAACGUCCGGAACACUCGAUACGCAAUCAACUUUUUCACUUCCAUCGGCCUGGGUCCGUUGACCGACGACCUGCGCGAAUUUCUCAAGAACGCCCCCAAGCUUAUCCUGGCCCAGGCAAAAGCAGCAGCCCUGGCCAAGAAACAAGAGCUGUCCGGAGACGAAUCUUCCUCGGUAUCGUCAACGUCUUCUUCUUCGUCGUCGUCGUCGUCGUCAUCCUAUUCGACGUCAACCUAUUCCUCCUACACGAGCUCGGAUUCCUCCUCGGACAGUUCGUUUUCGUCGAGCGACUAUUCCAGGGGACGACGCCGGGGCCGCUCCUCCGGUCGGGGACGAAGCAACCGGGGUAGGAAACGAAGGGAGUACAGCAGCGAUUCUUAUGAUUCGUCGUACUCGUCGUCCUCCGGCUCGAGCGAUGAAUCGCGAUCGAGGGAUCGGAAGAGGAAAAACGGGGGCCGGCGCUCGAGCCGGCGUUCUCGGUCUCGGUCGCCCCCCAGGGUCAUCACGAGCGUCAAGAGCAGCGAUGAUUCCAAACACCGCCGCGGUGGAUCGGCCAACCGAUCUAGGUCGCGGUCGUCGUCGUCGAGGAGUACUACCAGGAACGAUCGGAGGCGUUCCGGCAAGGACAGGCGCAGCAGGAGCAGGAGUCGAAGCCGUGAGCGGUCGCGGUCGCCCCCAAAGGUCAUCACUUCCACGAACGAAAAAAAGGAUCGCGACCGCCGGAGGUCCCGGAGUCGUUCGGUGAGCAGAUCGCCACCUAGGGGCAGAAGGAAGGCGAGCAGCGGCAGCAGACGCAGAAGUCGAAGUGCUAGUAGAAGCAGAAGCAGAAGCAGAUCGCCCCCCAAGGCAAUCUCUUCAAAGAAGGAGGACCCGCGCAGCAAUCGCAGAUCCGCUAGUCGAUCCCCUUCGUUGUCGCGGAGCAGGAGCAGAUCGCCACCGAGGAAUGACAGACGAACGGAGACCGGAAACCGCGCCAGGAACAAGAAUCGGGGGAGGCGCAGAUCUUCCAGCAGGUCGUCGUCGCGUAGCAGGAGUAGAAGUAGGAGCAGAAGCAGAAGCAGCGAUAGGAGCCGGAAAAAGAAUCGCCGGCGUCCACCCACUAGGCGCGAAAAAGGGGAUCGUCGGGGAUCUCCGAGCAGGAGCCGCAGCAGGUCGCGGUCGAGGUCGCCAGCCCGAAAGACCGAUUCGAGGGCAAAGAAGAAUCGAGAUCGCAACAAGCGCAGCAGCAGCCGUUCGCCGUCUCGGUGAUGGCAGCUGCAACUCUUGGAUAGGGAGACCAAUUCUAGUUGUAUCACACGUAGAACCCCGUAGCGAAUGUCUAACAUUGAAUUUGAACAUAGCCUCACGCUGAAUAGAUGUCUAUUGCAACCUUCGUUCUAGAAUGGUCCCGGGUGUUACAACCAAGCAAAAGCUACUACAAGGUUUGCGAGAGGAGAUUGUCAUUGAGGAAGACUAAAACACGCACACCGCGUGAUGAACAAAAGGCAAUACGAGUAAAAUACAGAUUUCUGU